UGGUUGAAACCAUAGAAACGGAAAAGAAGUUUACUGUCGCGAUUGCUAGUACGCCAUCCUCGGGAAGCAUCGAAGAUCAUUUAAAAAGAUAUAUAUUAAGUAAAGCUAAAAAUAUAGUAUGACAUGGCUUAGAUAUGUACGCAGCUAAGUCUGGCUGAUUUCCAUUUACCUUGCUGUUGCGAUACUGCCUCGCUAUCCCGGAAUUUUUUAAAGAUAAGUUAGCUGAAAAGCUAAUGCUAACCAGCGUCAGUUGAGUGGAAAUGUUCAAAGCUAAAAUACUCUUUGUUGGUCCCAAUGAGAGUGGGAAAACAGUUCUUGCAAAUUUUCUCUCAGACACAACAGAAAAUGUGGGCGGUGAAUACAGACCUACUCAAGGAGUCAGGAUACUGGAAUUUGAAUCGCAGCCUGAGGGCAGCAGUGACAAGUCAUGCGAGGUUGAACUUUGGGACUGUUCAGGGGAUUUCAAAUUUGAGUCAUGCUGGCCUGCAAUCAUGAAGGACUCCAGCGGUGUGGUGAUCAUUUUCAACCCUGAUGUUCCAAGUCACCUCAAAGAAAUAGAGAUGUGGCAUUCGAUGUUCAUCUCCUCUCAAGGUCUGCAGGACAGCCAGUGUCUGCUCAUAGCUCACCACAAGCCCGGCAGUGGAGUGGAAGACAGACGGCUGCCUUUAGCGUCACAUCUAAGCAGACUGCUACUCAUUCACUCCAACCUGGAAGAAGAGCCAGAGGAUGUGAGGCAAGCUUUCUGCAGAUACCUGGGAAACGUCGUGAACGCGAUGUCGGAGAGUCGAGAGCGAGAGGAGAUGUCCAUCAUUACGUAGCAGUAGCAUCUAUAAAUUAUGCGGCCUGAAUGAAGAUAUGUUUUUUUUUUGUUGCCAUCUCCAGUACUACUACAUUUUCACUCUAAGUUAAACGUGUAUGCAAACUUUAAUAUUCUCUACAUUAGGUGUAGAACAUAUUCAGUGUUGGUUUCUUGCAUUUUGUAAAUCUUUUAUGAAUAAAAUACGACUCAGUUCUCUCUUGAAAUUAAUACUCAAGACAGAAAAUCUACUCCUGUAUACAAACAUAUGUUUAUUUGGAAGAAUUUGGUGCUGGCUGUUGAGAAUGUAAUGACUGGAAAAGCAAGACGAGGAAGAAAAAGACGAGGAAGAAAAGUUCAUUUUUCAGACAUCAUAUCCAACAAUGCCUCCUUUGCCAAUACACUCUCCGAUGUAGAA